AUGAAGUUCCAAAUCGAAGACGUAACAGUAUACUUCCCCUACGACCACAUAUACCCAGAACAAUACGCAUACAUGGUCGAGCUCAAGCGUGCCCUAGACGCCAAAGGCCAUUGCCUUCUCGAAAUGCCCACAGGAACUGGUAAAACCAUAGCUCUACUUUCUUUAAUCACCAGCUACACACUCUCAAAACCAUCCAAUCCAAUCAAGCUUCUCUACUGCACCCGUACCGUCCACGAGAUGGAAAAAACCCUAGCAGAGCUCAAACUGCUUCAUAAGUAUCAGAUUCAACACCUCGGUCCGGCGGCGAGGAUUCUGGCGUUGGGUUUAUCGUCGAGGAAGAAUUUGUGUAUUAAUCCGAGUGUUGUUUCAGCGGAAAAUCGAGAUUCGGUGGAUGCGGCUUGUAGGAAGCUAACUGCUAGUUGGGUUCGGGCUCUGGCUAUUGAAAACCCUAAUAUUCCGAGUUGCGAGUUCUUUGAGAACUACGAGAAGGCCGCGUCGGAUGCGGUGCUGCCUCCUGGGGUCUAUACCUUACAGGAUUUGAGGGUGUUUGGGAAGGAGAAAGGGUGGUGCCCGUACUUUUUGGCACGUCAUAUGGUGCAAUUUGCGAAUGUGGUGGUUUAUAGCUACCAGUACCUGCUAGAUCCUAAGGUUGCUGGGAUCAUAUCAAAAGAGAUGCAGAGAGAGUCUGUUGUAGUGUUUGAUGAGGCCCACAAUAUCGAUAAUGUGUGUAUUGAGGCACUUAGUGUUAGCGUGCGGAAGCAGACACUUGAAGGGGCAACGAGAAAUCUCAGUAAGAUGUCUCAGGAGAUUGAAAGGUUUAAGGCCACUGAUGCUGGUAGAUUGCGUGCAGAAUACAACCGACUCGUUGAUGGUUUGGCACAAAGAGGGAAUCUGCCUCUUGCGGAUACCUGGCUUGCAAAUCCUGCUUUGCCUGACGAUAUCCUAAAGGAAGCAGUUCCUGGAAACAUACGGCGUGCAGAGCACUUCUUGUCUGUUUUACGCAGAUUGGUUCAGUAUCUUAAAGGUCGUCUGCAAACUGAGAAUGUUGAAAAAGAGGGGCCUGUUACCUUUGUUGCCUCUAUAAAUGCGCAGGUCGGAAUUGACCAGAAAAUGUUGAAGUUCUGUUAUGAUCGACUGCAUUCACUUAUGUUAACACUGGAGAUAACUGACACAGAUGAGUUUUUACACAUCCAAACAAUUUGUGACUUUGCGACGCUCGUGGGGACUUACACUCGAGGUUUUUCAAUUAUAAUUGAACCUUUUGAUGAGAGAAUGCCGCAUAUUCCUGAUCCCGUGUUGCAGCUUAGCUGCCAUGAUGCUUCUCUCGCCAUAAAGCCUGUAUUUGAACGAUUCCAAUCAGUGGUGAUUACAUCUGGUACUCUCAGCCCAAUUGAUCUCUACCCUCGUCUUCUUAAUUUCAAUCCAGUAGUUAGUCGAAGCUUUACAAUGUCCUUGACGAGGGACUGCAUAUGUCCAAUGGUUCUCACUCGAGGAAGUGAUCAGCUUCCUGUUAGCACAAAAUUUGAUCUGAGAAGUGAUCCUGGUGUUGAAAGAAAUUAUGGACGGCUCUUGCUAGAGAUGGUGUCUGUUGUUCCAGAUGGAAUUGUGUGUUUCUUUGUCAGUUACUCAUACAUGGAUGGAAUAGUCAAUAGUUGGCAUGAAUCGGGAAUUCUAAAGGAUAUAAUGCAACACAAAUUAGUCUUUAUUGAAACUCAAGAUGUUGUUGAAACUACAUUGGCUCUGGACAACUAUCGCAAGGCUUGUGAUUGUGGGAGAGGUGCUGUAUUUUUCUCUGUUGCCAGGGGAAAAGUAGCGGAAGGCAUAGACUUUGAUAGACAUUAUGGCAGACUUGUUAUAAUGUUUGGUGUACCUUUCCAGUACACAUUAAGCAGAAUAUUGCUAGCAAGGUUAGAGUAUUUGCGGGAGACUUUCCAGAUCAAGGAGGGUGAUUUUCUGACUUUUGAUGCUUUGAGGCAAGCUGCUCAAUGCGUGGGACGAGUGAUCCGGUCAAAAGCAGAUUAUGGGAUGAUGAUUUUUGCUGACAAAAGGUUUGUACACGUGUUUUCAUUCAAUACAUCAUUGUAUUCUUAAAUGUCUAACUGUGGAUUUGCUUUGAAGCUAUUCAUAAGCUGCCCCUGAGGUGUGACAAAAUUAUUAAAGUUGUUUAUAGCUUCCUUGAAAACUUAAAUAAAUGAUUGAAUCAAAUAAUGUGUAUUUUCGAACAUAUGUUUAAACAAGGAAUGCAAUCAAAGUCUCAAUGUAGAAGGCUUACAGUUUGUUAGAUGUUUCUGCAUGAUUCUUUCCAAUCCAACUGUGUCAUAUAACAUUCCGUUACCAUUGUACCACAUGUAGAGAAUGUGGUGUAGUAUUAUUCCCUUUCCUGGUUGCUUGCAAAGGCAAUCUGCACCUCCAAGAGAAAAACUGGAAAUUGUGGAAUGUGUUAUGCGAUAGAAUAUCUGUGUCAUGUUUUGAGUUUGAACAUUGGUUGGAGGGGACGACGUUUGGUGCAAUGGCUAAAAGCUUUUGAGUUUGGACAUUGAUUGCUAGUGGUAGGCCUUGUCAGCCAGAACUUCAUUGAAUGAUGAUUAAAGGGCUACUUAUUGACCUAAGGAAUACAUGUAACGUUAGUCAAUCAAACAGUCACUAUUAUUUUAUCAAUUUACUUUUAUGAUAUUUUUACCUCCUCAUCUUCUGACGAUAACAUUUUGUUAUUCUCUGUAAUGCCUUUGUCUGGAUGGAUAAUACAUGCAGGUACAGCCGUCAUGACAAACGCUCUAAGUUGCCUGGAUGGAUACUGUCACACUUACGUGAUGCACACCUGAAUUUGAGUACUGAUAUGGCUGUGCAUAUAGCAAGAGAGUUCUUGCGGAAGAUGGCUCAGCCAUAUGAUAAAACUGGUGGUAGUGGUAAGAAAACACUUUUGUCACAAGAAGACUUGGAGAAGAUGGGCAAUGGCAAUUUCAGUGACAUGUUGUUCUGAGACUUGACUCUGCCUUCCGGCGAUAUCUGUGCAAUGGCUGCUUGUUUGUUCCCCUACUUCUUUCAGAUAUCAUGCCUGCCUGGGGGAGUUGAUGUGCCAGGCAGCAGAAUUGUUGCUCCCUCUCUGGUGGACAGUUUAACUUAUUGGAGGAGUCGCCAACUUGAAGGCCACAGAAGUUUUGUUCGUUGGAUGGUGCACGAAGAGAGAUGGUAGAGUUUCCAAGACUAAUAUGUCCCUAGUUUUGGCUUUGAAUUGAAAUGUCUGAUGGCGUUUUUGUCCAAUAAAAUUGGGGUCCUGGCUAGUGUAGUAAGCAUAUUAUGUAAACUGUAAAUGCAGCUCUACACUACAUUAGUGAUUCAUAUGGUCUUAUGUAACUUUAUCUAUAUUUAUAGAUGUUAUUUAUUUCAUUAUUUAAUGAUUCU